AUGCUCUACGUGGUUCACCGACAGGAAGUACCUCGUCUCGAGCUCGGUUGUACAAAUGUACACGAUAUCAUCACACCAUCACAUUAUCAUAUCUUACUCCCUUUAUCCACCGGAUCUCUUUCCGAAUUUGACCCGCACAUAAACUUCCUCGCCACAUGGUACGAAAGUAGCUUAAGGUACCAGCAGUACCAAGAUUCGGGGAUUUCCGACCAUUGA